GUAUACUCCAACACUGAGUAGUACUGUUAUCUAAACAUUUGUUCCCUCGUCUCUGCAUUUCCAACAAAGCUCUCUCUCUCCCCCCGUUUCAAUGGCGAUAUCUGUAGCUGCCACAACAAUUCACUCACUGAGUUCGGACCAUGCGGCCUCCUUGUCUCCAUCUUCGUCAUUUUCUUCGAAGCUUUCGCACUUGUCUCCUUUGCAAUUUCCUCGACAGCUUCGCCGCAUUCGAAUCGGAAACAGAGGGUCCACUUCUCGUUCACGCCCUGGAAUCCUUCCUCUGGUGGUUGAGGCAAAGAAGCGAACAUUUUCUUCCUUAGAUGAUUUGCUGGCAAAUUCUGACAAACCUGUCCUGGUUGACUUUUAUGCAACCUGGUGUGGUCCUUGUCAACUUAUGGUCCCUAUCCUCAAUGAAGUUAGUGCUUCAAUGAAAGAUAAGAUCCAGGUGGUGAAAAUUGAUACCGAGAAGUACCCAAGCAUUGCAGAUAAGUACAGAAUACAGGCAUUGCCAACUUUCAUCAUAUUUAAGGAUGGGAAACCCUAUGAUCGAUUUGAAGGAGCUUUCUCUGCAGAGCAGCUCAUCCAACUUGUUGAGACCUCACUAAAAGUAAAGCAGUAGUUUUCUGAUUAGAGUGGAAACUGAUAUCAUCAAGAAUAUACAAACACAAUACUGGAGUUUCUAUAAAAAAAUUUGCAUGAUUCCUCCAUAUUCUUUCGCUGGCUGGUUCUGUGCCUCGGAAAUGUGGUGAGAUUUGUUGAUGUUCAGAUGAAUUUUUGAUCAAGUGGAACAAAAUUUGAUUUGUGAAGGUAAAUAAUUAUCUUUUAUACUUACUAAACUAAUCUCUACUGUAAGACUAAAUGCAUGC